AAAACCCUAGAACACCAGAUCCCCUCUCCAGUCUCCUCCCCGCCACCUCUUCCCAUCCCAGACUCCAACCUCACCCUGCCGGCCACAAUGGCGCCCUCCACCUCGUCCGCCUCCACGCUCCUCCACCUCCCGCCUGGCCUCCACCCUCCGCGCGGGCCCCAGCGAGGCGGGUGGCUGGACCACCCGCGGCGGCGGCGGCCGCGCCACGCGGCCGUGCGGUGCUCCUUCGCGUUCGCGCCGGUGGAGACGGCGAGGAUAAAGGUCGUGGGCGUCGGGGGCGGCGGCAACAACGCCGUCAACCGCAUGAUCGGCAGCGGCCUCCAGGGUAUUGAGUUUUAUGCUAUAAACACAGAUUCCCAGGCACUCGUGAAUUCGCAGGCGCAACAUCCGCUACAAAUUGGAGAACAGUUGACUCGUGGGCUGGGUACUGGUGGAAAUCCUAAUUUGGGAGAACAAGCUGCCGAGGAAUCAAAGGAAGUGAUAGCCAAUGCCCUGAGAGAUUCGGAUCUCGUGUUCAUAACAGCUGGGAUGGGUGGCGGUACUGGAUCUGGUGCUGCUCCAGUUGUUGCCCAGAUAGCAAAGGAAGCUGGUUAUCUUACUGUUGGUGUUGUCACCUACCCAUUCAGCUUUGAAGGACGCAAACGCUCUCUGCAGGCACUCGAAGCAUUAGAGAAGCUGGAAAGGAGUGUUGACACACUAAUUGUGAUUCCAAAUGAUCGUUUGUUAGACGUUGCUGACGAAAAUAUGCCCUUGCAAGAUGCUUUUCUCCUGGCAGAUGACGUUCUUCGUCAGGGCGUCCAAGGAAUAUCAGACAUUAUAACAAUACCUGGGCUAGUGAAUGUUGAUUUUGCUGAUGUGAAAGCUGUCAUGAAAAAUUCUGGAACUGCCAUGCUUGGCGUUGGUGUUUCUUCCAGCAAAAACCGGGCCCAAGAAGCUGCUGAACAGGCUACACUUGCUCCUUUAAUAGGGUCAUCCAUUGAGGCAGCUACUGGUGUCGUGUAUAAUAUCACUGGCGGGAAAGACAUCACUUUGCAAGAAGUGAACAAGGUAUCUCAGAUUGUGACAAGCUUAGCUGAUCCUUCGGCGAAUAUAAUUUUCGGAGCCGUCGUCGAUGAUCGUUACACCGGUGAGAUUCAUGUGACCAUCAUCGCAACAGGAUUCCCGCAAUCCUUCCAGAAGUCUCUUUUGGCUGAUCCAAAGGGAGCUCGGAUACUUGAAGCGAAAGAAAAGGCGGCGAGCCUUGCAUCAGUUGGCGCCCAACAACAGGCACCCGCCCCCACAUGGUCCCGGAGGCUAUUCUCCUGAACACUGUUCAGGCAGUGACAGGCAAGCUACCCUAUGAAGCUGUGAUUCUCAAAGCAUUAGAAGAGUUGUCGCAACCCGGCGUUAUUCUUUGUGGCUGUGUAAAAACACUUGUGUGCCGGGUACAACCACCUCGCUAAUCAUCCAAAGAUUAUUGAGUUUCACGCAGUUAUUAGUUAUUAGUUAUUAGGUUCACUGCUAGUGUAUGUACUAUUUCGGUUGUGGCUCACUUGUUCAGCACAUUCAGCGACAGCUUUAAGAAUACAUGCAGAUCGUUGGUAGCUUGGUAACCCCAAGGCUCUCCUGUUAAGUUUUC